GCAGCGAUGGCAGCCGAUGAGAGGGACUACAACCUGACGGAGGAGCAGAAGGCGAUCAAAGCCAAGUACCCACCGCUCAGUAAGAAAUACGAAUAUUUGGAUCACACAGCAGAUGUGCAGCUGCAUGCCUGGGGAGACACCUUGGAAGAAGCAUUUGAGCAGUGCGUUAUGGCCAUGUUCGGCUACAUGACCGAUACGGAGACCGUGGAACCUGUGGAUACAGUAGAGGUGGAGGCAGAAGGACAUGACAUGUUGUCUCUUCUCUUCCACUUCUUGGAUGAGUGGCUCUAUAAAUUCAGUGCUAAUGAGUUCUUUAUACCCAGGGAGGUGAAAGUGCUUUACAUUGACCGAAUGCAAUUCAAAAUAAGAUCAAUUGGGUGGGGAGAAGAGUUCUCUUUACCCAAACACCCCCAGGGCACAGAGGUCAAAGCCAUAACUUACUCGGCAAUGCAGAUCUGUGAAGACGAAAAGCCAGAAGUCUUUGUCAUCAUUGAUAUUUAAAGCAAGGAAAGUGGGGUUGAGUGGAUACUUGUCAUUGGCUGGAAAAGUCCUUUGAAAACUGUAAUCCCCGUGGAAGUAGCUAAGGAAUUGGCCAGUUAAAGUCAUAAAUUGAAGGGAGUAAUUGCAGGGAAUG